GUGGAUCAAGCUUGGAGAUUUUGGUUAUUAGGGCAUCCUUGAUAUUGUUCUUACUAGGAUUUCUCUUUGCUUUUUUCUGUAAAUCCACCAAAAGCAAUCGAAGCGAUGAAGGUCCAUCCAGCUCCAAAGAAACGGAACAUCACGCUCAGGUACGACAUCAAUUCAAGCCUCUCGGAAGCUAACAGGCUCAUGGGAAGGCAGAAGAAGCUCCGUCGACUCCCUCACAUAUUCAGUAGAGUAUUGGAACUUCCCUUCCAUUCUGACGCCGACGUUUUGAUCGAAGAGAAUUCCGAUUGUUUCCGCUUCAUCGCUAUAACUGAAGAUGUAGGUGAUGAUGUGACAGCCCACACCAUUGAAAUUUAUCCCGGAGUUACAAAGAUUGUGAUCAGAGGGAAUAAUCUUCUAGAAUUGUAUCUGGAUGAGCUCGAGAUCGAUCUGUGGAGAUUCAGGCUUCCACCAUCGACAAGGCCAGAACUUGCUAAUGCUGUUUAUGUUGAUGGAGAACUAAUCGUGACUGUCCCCAAGGGUGGCAGCAGCGACGACUCUGAUGAUGAGGCGAAUGAAGAAGAAGAAGAAGAUGGAGGUUGGGGUGAGGGAAAUGGGGAUCUCAGAGGUGGAGUGGGUCAUCUUGUCCUUGUACAGUAAUGCCUCUUUUCCAUUCCUAUGUCUUCAAACAACAAUAAUUCUGUUUAAGCUCUGUCAAUGGAACUUGGUUUUAUAUA